AUGUGCCCAGUGUGCAAUUCUGUGAUUGAGGUGGAGGCUUCCAGUGCAUUCAAUGCCGCCAACAAUUGCAUGGGGGUCCGCGAGCAGCUGCGGUUCUAUGAUCAGUUGACUCAAUUCCAUCCUCGCCUGCGCCGGAUCCUUGAUGAUUCUGGGUACUGCUCCCGCUAUAAGAGUGUUGUGCACAAGAAAGUGCGGAAGCAUGGCAGGAAGAUCCUCUCCCAGAGUAUCCUGCACAGUACCGGCUACUAUGACCUUAGAGGCCAUGAGAUUCUCUCAGCGCAUGUCGUGUCUCACUUUAAAGAUGCUAUCGACUCACUGGCCGGCAUCGAUAGUGUGGCGUCGAAGUAUGGGACUGUUGUGUAUGCCCAGGAGGUCUUGGUUCCGGAACUGCUGGAGAUGUUGGUUCAGGAGGACAUGGGAGUUGAUGCCAAAGGGGCCCGCUGGAUUCUGAAGGAGAGCAACAAAAUCGGAAAUUUGCUUAAUCUUGAGUGA